AUGGAAGCCGAACCAUACGACCAAUACGAAAUCGUCCGCGAUCCUAAACCUGAAGAUGUUGGAACAAUCAAAGUGUAUGUAACCAUCCCACCGCCCGGCAGCUUUAGUGAACCUUCGCCAAGAAGAUUCCUCUUCUCGUUACAACACGAUCAAUCCAUCAGCGACUGUGCAAGUGGCUUGAGUGAUCUAAAGGACCUGUUGAUCGAAGCAGGGUUCACUAACCAAUAUGCUGACGAUAUUAAGACUCGAUUCGCUAGGCGUUUCUCUAGUUUUUUUUCUUCUGACUUUUUCAAAGCUGAUGCUGCUUCCAAUGUGUAUCUGCUCAUUAGGGUUAUUCGUCCUCAGAUCGACGACGUGAUUCAAGCAUCCUUCAAUGAGGCUAACAAUAAUAUCCGGUUUAGACCAGCAAGUAAGGUUAUGGUUGGCUCUUUGUCAAGGAAAGUAUACGAUACCGAGGAUAAGGUGCUUAGCUCUGAUUCCACCAGGUGCGCGAUUUGUUUGGAGGAGUUUAAAAACGGAGAAAGACUAGUGAUCUUACCUUGUGGUCACGGUUUUGAUGAAAGGUGUAUUGUGGAUUGGUUUCAGACUAGUCAUGUUUGUCCAUUGUGCCGUUUCGAGUUGCCAUGUGAAGAUGGGUGA